AUGCCAGGCUCUCUUUCGCUCUCAAUUUUUCAUCUCGGACUCUUCAUCAGUCGCGUUCUGUGUGGCGGCGCAACGCAAGCUGUCUGGAAGGCCCUCAAUUCAACUGUAGGAGGUCGUUUGCAUAUUGGAGUCCCGUUUUCCCAAUCCUGCUUCACGCGGACGCCUUCGAACGCCGAACAUCCGUCUCAGUGUAGAGAGGUUCAGGCGUUGUACGAAGACCAGCUCUUCCGCUCGUCUCGUUUUGGUGGUUACCAGGUCACGCAAUGGGAGACCUGUCAAACUACUGGCGACGGAUGCUUGUUGGAUUGGACCAACACUAGCAACCCUGCCGCCUUUACCGCCCCAAGACAAUGCAUGCAAGGAAGUGUCCCCGACUACUACAUCGACGUGAGAGGCCCAGAGGAUAUCCAGGCUGCCUAUAGAUUUUCGAAGAAGACGAAGGUUCCGCUUGUGAUCAAGAAUUCAGGUCAUGACUACAUCGGACGAAGUGCAGGACCAGGGACUCUUGCCCUUUGGACACACAAUCUCAACACUAUCAAUUUGACCACGACUUUCGUCCCAGAUAGAUGUGCAGAUGAAUCACGAACUGCUGUCACAUUUGGCGCCGGCGUCCAGUUCCGCGCAGUCUACGACUUCGCUCGCGCCAACAACGUGACCAUCUUAGCCGGUGCUGAUCCAGCUGUCGGUGCAACCGGAGGCUGGUCAAUGGGAGCAGGUCAUGGUGUAUUAUCACCUGCCAUGGGUCUCGGAGUCGACCGUGUCCUCCAGUACAAGAUUGUCACGCCAGAUGGCAAGUUCAGGACUGUGAACAAAUGCCAGAAUCCCGAUCUCUUCUUCGCCCUGAGGGGUGGUGGGGGAGGAACGUUCGGCGUCGUGCUGGAAGGUACUUUCGUUGCAUCUCCGGCAGUAAUAAUGCAAGUCGUCCUCGGCACGUACGAGAAUACCCCUGAGAACACGAUCAGUCUCGUCAGGGCGUUAGGGAAGAACGCUACUCAAAUGGCCAGCGAUGGUUGGGGCGGGUACAUCGCUCCUCCUGCCUCAGGCGGUGUCUGGGCCAACCCUCUCCUGGAUGCAGAGUCUGCCCGGAAGUCUGCUGCUGGUGUCGCCUCUGCAUUCGAAUCAGUAGGCGGAGGCGUGUCGUUCUCUACGAUGCCCACCCACACCGACUUUUUCGAUACGUUCAUUGCGCCGAACACCAAUCCCGUUGGACGUCCACAAGUGCGAUCAAGCCGCCUGAUUCCUGACUAUCUCGUGGCGAAUGACGACGUGCUCAGUGCACUGAGCACGGCGAUGGUCUCAUCCGAUUUCUCCCAGAUUCUCGCCGUAACCCCCUAUGUGUUCGAGGACGUUGAUAAGAAGGGCACCUCGAUUAACCCGGCUUGGAGGACCGCAGUCUGGCAUGUGUUGUCGAUGAACGCGUGGAAUUUCAAUUCGACCCGCUCGGAACGCGAAAACGCGUAUGAAAGGCUGAAGACUUUCUGGACUCCUGUUCGUGAUUUGACGCCAGAUUCAGGUGCCUACUUAAACGAAGCCGACACCUAUGAGCCUGACUAUAAGACCUCUUUCUGGGGACCUCACCAUGCAAAACUGCUCGCUAUCAAAAACAAGUACGAUCCUCAUCAUUUACUUGAUUGUUGGCGCUGCGUCGGGUGGAAUGGGCCGUCCGAUCCGAGGUAUAAAUGCCACCUGCCUGCACCAUGA